GCACAGAGGGCCACACAUGUGAGGGGAACAUGGCUAGUAAAGAUGUGCGGAGUGUGCUGGAGGACUGUGUCAAAACCAUUAACGCCAAUGCAGCACAGCCAGAGAACUUUCUGAGCCUUCAAGAUGAAGUGGCAGCAGACUUUAAAUCCCUCACUAAGGCCCUGUAUGACUUCCACAAAGCUCAGGAGCCCGCAGAUUAUAAAGGCAGCCCUUUGGCUCAGCUGGUGGUGGAAGAUUUUGAUGAGGAGCAGAUUUGGCAGGAGCUGGAGCUUCAGAAUGAUGCUGUAUUGGGACACUUCAAACGUGCCAUUGAUGUGGCUUUGUCAGACAAGACAUUAAGUUUGCUGUCAGCAGAGGAGGAGGAGGAGGAGGAAGAAGAAGAGUAUGGACAAGAGGAAGAAGGAGCAACAGAUGAUGAAAAUGAAUUUAAAGAACAAGAGAAGCCAUCUAGACGGUCUAAGAAAAAGCCUCUGGAGGCUGACAGGUACUCAGAGGAUGACUCUGACAUAGAUUUUGAUGUGGAUGAUCUUGAGAAACGAGAGAAGCAGAAGAAAGAGAGUGGAAGAAUAGGCUCCAAAGCAAAGUCAGUUCCCUCUGAGGUUGACGAUAAAUUCUUCAAGCUGUCAGAAAUGGAGACAUUUCUUGACGACAUGGACAAACGAGAGGGAAAGAAAGACGAGGAUGAGGAUGAACUGGACUAUUUUCAGGACCUGCCUUCUGAUGAUGACGACGACGAUGAUGAUCUUGACUUGGAUCAAAUAAUGUCUUCCACGAAGAAAAACACAGUAAAAAGCUCAAGAGAUCUCAAAUACAAGGACUUCUUUGAUCCAGUGGACAGUGGAGCAGUUAAAACAGAUGAGCAGUCAGAUGGAGAAGAUGAUGGCACGGAUGCGAGCCAGGAAGAAGAAAGUGAUGACGAAGCCGCUGAUCAUGAUGGUGAAGAGGAUGAUGAUGAUGAUGAUGAUGAUGAAAUUGAUGAUGAUGAGGAGGGGGAAGAGCAGAGAAACAACGCCAAAUCAUCUCAUAAAAAAGUGACCUUUAAUCUCAGUGGGGAUGAAGACAGCGAGGGGGAGGAUAUGGAGGACAUCUUUGGAGGAAAAGCACCAACCACAGACAAGUCUGAAAUAAAGUCUUCAUUUGAGAAGCGGCAAGAAAAGAUGUCGCAGAAAAUCGAGGAGCUGGAGAAAGCAGCUCUCGGCCAGAAGCCGUGGCAGCUGUUGGGAGAGGUGACGGCGCAGACCCGUCCUGAGAACAGCAUGCUGGAGGAAGAUGUGGAGUUUGAGCAGACGGCAAGGAUGGCUCCCGCCAUCACUGAAGAAACCACACUACAGCUUGAAGACAUCAUCAGACAGAGAAUUAAAGACCAGGCAUUUGACGAUGUGGUCCGCAAAGAGAAGCCUAAAGAGGAGGUGUUUGAGUACAAGAAGAGACUAACCUUGGACCAUGAGAAGAGCAAGCAGAGUCUAGCAGAAAUCUAUGAACAAGAAUACAUUAAACAAACCCAGAAAAAGACUGAGGAUGAGGAGAACCCAGCCCAUGCAGAAAUUCAAAAAGUGAUGGACACCCUCUUCCUAAAGUUGGACGCUCUCUCCAACUUCCACUUCACUCCGAAACCACGUGUUCCUGAAGUCAAAGUUGUAUCUAACUUGCCCUCAGUUACCAUGGAGGACGUGGCUCCAGUCAGCGCCAGUGAUGCUACCCUGCUCGCACCAGAAGAAGUCAAGGGGAAGAACAAAGCAGGAGAUCUACUGGGUGAUGCUGAGAAGACGUCAACGGACAAGAAGCGCGAGAGGCGUCACAAAAAGAAGGCGAAGCAACUGAAGAUAAAGGAAAAAGAAAAGAGACAGAAACUUAAAGAUGCCAGCAAAUCUGGAGAAAACAACAAGCCAUCAAAGGCUCAAGUCACAGAAAGCCUGAAGAAACUCUCAAAAGCCGGCAAAGCCACGAUACUCAAGGACGAGGGAAAGGACAAGGCUCUGCGAUCAUCUCAAGCAUUCUUCUCUCAGCUGCAAGACCAGGUCAAAAGUCAGAUCAAGAGUGCAAAAGACCAGUCUUCAAAGAAGAAGAAACGCAAAGAAGUUUCUGCCAGCAAACUCAAGUUGUAAUGAAUGUAAUGGUUGUGUUUCUGAUGAUCAGUUUUAUUUUGUACAGAUUAUUUUUUCUUUUUUGUUUUUAUGAAAAAGCUGCAAUUUAUUAAACAUAAUGGUCCAUGUGAAA